GGAAUAUCUAGAAAUUCCCCUCGCGCACAUCAUGGCGGACACGCAGAAAGUCAACUUGGUGUCGCAAGAUGGAGACAGCUUCGAAGUGUCCCGGGAGGUCGCUGUCAUGAGUGAGCUGGUGCGAACAAUGAUUGCCGACGAGCAAGACGACGAAGCGCAGGAAAUCCCGUUGCCCAACGUCAAGAGCACGGUGCUGUCGAAAGUGAUUGAAUUCUGCAGCCACCACCACAACAACCCGAUGCCAGAGAUCGAAAAGCCUCUGCGCAGUGGGGACAUGCACGACGUCGUCAGCGAAUGGGACGCAACAUUUGUCGACAUUGAGCAAGACUUGCUCUUCGAAUUGAUUUUGGCUGCCAACUACAUGGACAUCAAGAGCCUUUUGGACUUGGCGUGCGCAAAAGUGGCCAGCAUGAUCAAGGGCAAGACCCCUCAAGAAAUCCGUGAAACGUUCAACAUCACGAACGAUUUUACCCCGGAGGAAGAAGCUCAAAUCCGUGAAGAAAACAAGUGGUGCGAAGAAGCGUAACCCGACGAGUGCCAUAGUUUAAACGUGGAGAAAGCAUCAUUUGAUCGUCGA